CGUUCUCGGGAGUCAAGUAGAGGGAAGGAGGAGACUGGAGGGGAUGAGAGAAACAACAGGAGUCAUAUUGGGUAGCCAUUCCACCGCUUAGCUAUGGCUACACAUAUACAAAAGAGAUCGGACGUUUUUUACUGACACGUGGAUUGUUUUGACGUACACCGGAACAAACUAGGAGCUGGUCCUGGAGUCGAGUGGCAGAGGACGUUUGACGUUACAGCGGCACGACUAGCCUCCCGAGCCAUUAACGUUAUCACCGCUGGGCUAUUCUUCCACCGACACAACGAAGACAGAAAACAUGGUAUCCUGGAUUAUAUCGAGAACCGUUGUGCUGUUCUUCGGGACUCUGUAUCCUGCAUACUACUCGUACAAAGCCGUCAAGACCAAAAACGUCAAGGAAUACGUACGAUGGAUGAUGUACUGGAUUGUGUUUGCCCUCUACACUGUGGUGGAGACCGUCACCGACCUCACACUGACAUGGUUCCCUCUGUACUACGAGCUGAAGAUAGCCUUUGUGAUCUGGCUGCUGUCGCCCUACACCAGAGGAGCGAGCCUCAUCUACAGGAAGUGUCUGCACCCUCUGCUGUCCUCCAGGGAGCGGGAAAUCGAUGAGUACAUCGUGCAGGCCAAAGAGCGGAGCUACGAGACCAUGGUGCACUUCGGCAAGCAGGGACUGAGCAUCGCCGCCACCGCCGCCGUCACCGCCGCCGUCAAGGGUCAGGGCGCCAUCACAGAGAAGCUCCGCAGCCUGAGCAUGCACGACCUCACACAGAUCGGCCAGCAGGACAACGGGGAGGCAAACCAGCUGGAAACGUACGGCAGCCGCUCCACCAACCCCGCCAUCAGGAGGUCUCAGAGCACCGAAGCCGCCGACGGAGAUGACUACUUCUAUGACCAGGAUGAGAGGAGCGAAGAAGAGGCCGAGCCCAUCUUCUCUGAAGACGAGGCCGUCACGCAGAAAGGUCUGAGGCGGUCGCAGAGCGUCAAGAUCACCAGAUCCAAAGUCCGCAGAGACGCUCGUUACGGAUCCCUGAAGAUUAAAGGCAAGAAGAGGCCCGUGCUGAGCGCCGUCAACUACGGCGUGUGAAAGGAAUACACACACACACACUCACACACACACUCACACUCACACUCACACUGCACUGAUCGGUGGAUGGUGUUCCAGCUCUCCUCCGUCGUGACGGAGCUCUUUUUAAUGUCUCUGGCGAUGAGCUUCCUUGGGACAUGUGUGUUUUCAUAUCUACAUUGAUCCAGAACCAGCAGCGCCACCACGACCCGUUCUCUGGGAACCUUUGAUGUCCGCCUUUGGGUUUAGUGGCGUACAUUUCCUGGAGGACUUUCGUUUGUCGAUCAUUGGAAUUGUAGCGGUGACGUUAUCGAGCGUCUUUUAGUUUCAUUCAGCACUUUGUGUUUUUACCUUCAAGGAGCUCAUGAACUUUAACUCGUGGCUUAACGAGAGGGGAAGUUAUUGUUUGACAAACCCUCUCAACAUCUGCAUCCAACAGCUUCAUAACAUUACACCUGUUGGUUAUUACAUUGUGGCUUUUACCUUGUGUCCACUAGGGGGCAGCAUUACAAGCUAAAAUGACCCUUCUAUAGUCGCAGGAGCUUAUUAACACGCCAUGGAACUCAACCCUCAACCUGCUGUGAGCUCGCACGGGUCAUUUAAAUGAUGACGUCAUGGACACGUUCAAAUGUGUUCUCAGAAAAUUACAUUGUUUUACAGAGAAACUUUAUAACUCGAGCUGUUUGACAGCGAUAUGAAACCCUGAGCUGCAGUAAUGAUGACCAGUUAACACCCAAACAGCAGCUCCCAUUGAUUUGUGUUUUUUCACCGUGGCUUCUGAUUGGCUGCCGUGGGCGGUCGCUCAGCUGCCCCGCCUCCAUCACCAGCUGCUGAGCAGAGGCCGGUUUGGGAUUGAUCUGGCUUUUUGCAUUUUUUUAUCAGUAGUUUUAUUUUUUUACUGCUAACAUGAUGCAGAGUUCAAGACAUUGUGAUUGGCUCUGACACGUGACCACCAGCAGAGGAAGAGGAGGAGGAAGAGGACGAAAGGGAAGCGUAAACCAAUGAAACAAAGGGAUCCUUGGGCCUUUGUGAAGGCCCACAGCUCCUGUUCCACGAGUCAUGACUCAUUCCUGUUCUUCUGGCUUUCUACUCAUGUAUUCUUUUGGCUGUGUGUCUUGAUCACAACCCUGGUUGUACAUUUUUGUAUCAACGAAGAUUUGUUUUUAGUUAUUUAAAUUACUUGUGUGUGUCUUGUUUGUGUGUGUGUGUUAUCUUUAAAUCAAGUCUUUUGUAUAUUAACCACCAGUUUUUGCACAUGUACCUCCUCCCAAACCUUUUCCUUUGUGUUAUCAAUGCUGUUAUUGCUUGUCAUCUCAUGUUCUAAUGUACUUUGCUGUGGGGGGAGGGGCCUAACCACUCUGGAUGCUGAUACUAACGGCCCUCCAGUGACAUGUUGAGGUUUGGCUUGUUGCCUGGUGGUGGUCUCUUCAGGGACCGCCUUCAGAAAAGAUGUCUUUUAAUUGAUUUGAUCAGGGCCAGAAUAACAGGUCAUAACUGUGGAGGAGGUGAAACCGAUGGAUCUGAAGUCAUGUUAUGACUCACCUCGUGCUCACCUCCCAGUGAAGACACCUCCCUCCAGGUCUCCUGGUUGAUACCAAUGCAGGUCAAUGGAAGAACCAACAAGAGGUCUGGAGACGCAUGAGGGAGCCUCACUAAGUGAAUGAUGAGCUUUAGACGAGGUCUGACCUCCAGAGCUCUGAUCCACCAGAGACUAGCCAGACCUCCUCGGGUCACGAUGCCUUUUGUUGCUCACAACUAAAUAUUGAUACCAAAGCUUCAAGUGCUCACCGAGAAGCUGUGGGGCUGAAUUUAUUUGUAUUUGAUCUGUGUGGUUAAAAUAUCUGGUGUGUGUGGAUUGUAAAUGCAAUAAAUAAAUUAAUCUUUUGUUA